UUGACUGUUCUUUCCCCCCCUUCCCCCUUCCCCUCUGAACUCAACAAGAUGGAGAACGACGAUAAAUAUCUCCCCGAGCUUCUGGCGGAGAAGGACAGCCUGGACUCGUCGUUCACGCACGCUAUGAAACUUUUAAACGCAGAAAUCGAUAGAAUCCAAAAAGGCGAGACUAAAAAGGAGGCAGAGACCUACCUGGACCUUUUCACAACAAAGAACAUCAAACUUAAGGAACGAGUGCUCAUACCUGUCAAACAGUACCCAAAGUUCAAUUUCGUGGGGAAGAUUUUGGGACCUCAGGGCAACACAAUCAAACGUCUGCAGGAGGAGACCGGAGCCAAGAUCUCCGUGCUGGGCAAAGGAUCCAUGAGGGACAAGGCAAAGGAGGAGGAGCUGAGAAAAGGGGGCGAGCCCAAGUAUGCCCACCUGUCCAUGGAGCUGCACGUUUUUAUCGAGGUGUUCGCACCGGUGCCAGACGCCUACGUGCGCAUGGCGCACGCCAUGGAGGAGGUCAAGAAGUUCCUGUUCCCUGACAUGAUGGAUGAUAUCUGCCAGGAGCAGUUCAUGGAGAUGAGCUACCUGAACGGAGGGCAGGAGCACGGGGCCCGGGGCCGGGGGGGCAUGCCGGUCAGGGGCCGCGGAGUCCCACCUGCAGGCCAGCACAGAUGGGGAGACGGGGGGAGGGGGAUGCCUCCUCGCGGGGGGGCGGCCCGCGGGCCCGUGAGUCGGGGGGGCCCGGCCAGAGGCGGUGCAGUGAGGGGGGCCCCGGCCGGCAGAGGGGGGCCCCCGGCAGCCCCCGCCAGGGGGGCCGUGGCCUCCCGCGCCAGACCCCCGGCCGGUGGGCCACCGCAGAGGAUGGCCCCGCCCCCGGCCCACCAGCACACCCCCGGCGCCGCCGCCGAGGGCUACGAGGACUAUGGCUACGACGAGAGCUACUCAGACACGGGCUACGAGUCCUACGACAGCUACUACAGCCAGCCGCAGGCAGAACCAGAGUAUUAUGACUACGGACACGGUGAAACCACAGAGUCAUACGAGUCAUACGGUCAGGACGACUGGAACGGCACCCAGCGGACCACUCCCGGGAAGGCCCCCCCCUCCUCUAGAGGAGGCAAAACGCCAUACCGGGAGCACCCGUACCGACAGUACUGA